GACUUCUCUUGUUUCAUUACCUCUAGAAGUUUAUAAAUUUUCACACAAAAAUCAGUUACGAAUUAAGUAAAUUAAUUAAGUAAUAAUUUUUAAUACAAAAUGGCUAAAAUUUUUGAACGAAUAAUGAAAAUUGCCAAGAAGAAAUUUGGCUUAAGUAAAAAAUCCAAAGUCAUCUCAGUAGAUUGUGGAUCCCAAACAAAUACAAUAGCAGAAGAAAUGGUCGCUCCAAUAAAAUCUGUUACAGAAAUAAAUAUUUUAGAGUCACAGAUUAAGGAAGUAGAAGACAUAGCAGUUCAGACGUCUAUAUUAACCUUUGACAAACUUACUCAGACAAAUAAUAAACUUAUGUAUAAUUUGUCUGAGACACAAACAAAAAUGUUGUUUAAUUCGUUAAGUUGUGAAACACAAACUGACGUCUCAAUAGAAAAUCGUAUUUUAAAUAUAAAAUCUUUGGACGAGCCUCAUAAUUCAAAUUCAAAAUUAAUAAAUUAUAUGCACACUGGUUCUCAGUGUUGCCUCUUAUCUACUAAAAAUGAGCCUCUUUUAAAAGUUAAUGAAUUUAGAGAGCAUGAUUUGCAGUCAUGUACUUUGUCGCCUUUAGAAGCAUCUAUUAAAGUUAAUAAUUGCGUUGAGGAUGGAAUUAAUCCUUCAACGACACUCAAUGACACUAAAGAAAAGAUUGAACCAUGUGUCACAAAAAGUCAAAUAACAGCUGAACUUGAUGCGACAUAUGAUUUGUCAAUUGCUGAAGUGGAAUUUAAUAAAAAAUACUCGAAUGAAGUUGUAGUCAACAAACAAAACGUAAAUCAGGUUGAAAAUCGUCUACAAUUCUAUACUCUUGAUAAUGUUCCUAAGCUUCAAUUAAGAAAUAAUUAUGUAUAUAGCAUGAGAGUGCUGUAUUGUCAAACAGAUUAUAUUUGCAUGACAAAAGUAAAAAAUGAACAAAAAAUACGAUUUAUGGAAAAUAAUAUGAAUGAACAUUAUAAGCAGACACAAGGGCGUAAUUUUAAACCACGACAUGAUGAACUUUGUGCUAUUAAAUAUAGUAUUUCAGUGAAAAUUGUAUUCUAUCAAACAGCAAUUAACGCAAAAGUGACAUUAAAUUGGCAGUUUAUUGGAUAAGUGAAAAAAGUAUAGAAACUAUUCUUAUUGAUCGAAUUUAACCCCAAUGUGGUGCGAGAAGAGGUUAAGUUUGAAGGUUUGAAUUUUCAUGAUACUUAAAAAAAAAUUCGGAAGUACUCUUUGAAUUUUUGAACCACCUUAAUAUACAGGUGAAACAGAUUUAACUGUUGAUUCUAAAAAAAUAAUUUUUAUUAAUACAUUUUUUCAACAUUUCAAAAGAAUAGUUUUUAGCUCAUUAUUUGCAAGAACUAUUAAUGUGGCGACAACUAUUCAACGUGGUCACAUCAAAAUUUCAGUUUUACGAUUCAAUAGUUGUAACACAACUACCGUCUCUCAUCCCACAGGUCGCACUAUGUCAGGUGACAAGAACCAUAUCACCAAUUAGUGUUGUUGUGACAUGUUUUGUUAUAAAUUAUAUGAAAAUAAAUUCCAUUUUUAAGUUAAAAAUCUUCGUUUUCCUUGAUUUCUCCUUUCAAUGUUAUAAAACUAAAAAGUAUAACAUAUUGUUUAUUAAAGUCGAACCAGUAAGAGACGAGAAUUUCCAUGGACAAACGUGAAAUAAACACACACUAUCACAUAACCAAUAUCUUCUCAGCGUCGCAUCGAAACUAAAAUAUUUUAAACACUCAUUUUUCAUCUCUCUGGCUACCUCAACCCAAUUUGACAAUAGUACCACAAUCAACGCAAGUAAUUAAAUAAUCAAAUCGCACAAAAAGUGAACAGUCUUCAAGGCUCAAGUGAAUAUAUGAAUCAUGACAUGAAGUUGGCAGUGUUUUUUAAAUAAAAUUGAAAUAAAUUACAAAUUAUUUAAAAAUGACUUAAUGUAAACAUAUUUACUGGAAGUCGUCGCCACUCCAAGAAUACUUCAAUCUAAUGUUAAAGAAGCUUUUCAAUUAAUUUGUCUUUAAAACUGAAUAAAGAGGACUGUUAUCUGUUAUUUUUUCUUAUAUUCACUUGUAUUAUUGUUCUAUAUCCUUGGA